AUGUUCAAGCGGAAGAGUUCGGAGGAUGCCGCAGAAGGGCAGCUCCACGUUCAAGUUGUCGAAGCGCGGAACCUGGCCGCCAAGGACAGGAAUGGCUUUUCGGAUCCGUACUGCGUGUUGCUGUUUGGCAAGCAGAAGCAGCAGACACGCCACAUCCGCAAGACACUCAACCCGGCUUGGGGCGAACCCUUUCAGUUCGCCACGACCGCCGACCCGGGCCACCUCCAGGUUGUGGUGUGGGACAAGGACCGCCUCUGGCGUGACGUAUGGCCACUGCCCACAGCUAUCCUA